AUGUAUAGACACAAAAACAGCUGGAGAUUGGGCUUAAAAUACCCACCAAGCUCCAAAGAAGAGACCCAAGUCCCCAAAACAUUGAUUUCAGGGCUGCCAGGAAGGAAGAGCAGCAGCAGGGUGGGAGAGAAGUUCCAGUCAGCCCACAAGAUGCCGUUGCCCCCCGGCCUCCUGCUGCUGCUGCUCUCCGGGGUCACGUCCACCGCUGCCCUGUCCCUGGAGGGCGGCCCCACCGGCCCAGACAGCGAGCAUAUGCAGGAAGCGGCAGGAAUAAGGAAAAGCAGCCUCCUGACUUUCCUCGCUUGGUGGUUUGAGUGGACCUCCCAGGCCAGUGCCGGGCCCCUCAUAGGAGAGGAAGCCCAGGAGGUGGCCAGGCGGCAGGAAGGCACAGCCCCCCAGCAAUCCGCGCGCCGGGACAGAACGCCCUGCAGGAACUUCUUCUGGAAGACCUUCUCCUCCUGCAAAUAAAACCUCACCCAUGAUUACUCACGCAAGUGUAAUGACAGACCUGAAUAAAAUGUAUUAAGCAGCA